GUCAGCUGGUCUGACUGCAGAUCCUUAAAAUAACCUGGAACAGGCCCCUCCCCCAGCGCCGGCACCCUCACGGGGUCAAGUUUGGAUAAACAAGACAGAGCAAGAGAACAACUCUGGAAUAAACUGUGGAUUUCUCUGGAGAGACAGUUGGACCUAUUAUGGCGUCAGCCGGCAUCUCUCGCUCUAGUUCUGCAGGUUCUUCUGUGGCCUUUGAGGAUUAUUCUCUCUACAGUAAUCUGAGUGAUGACGAACUGCUGCAACUCGCCAUUGAGCGCAGUCUGACGGAAACACACCGCAUCGCCUCCACAGACGACAGCGCCACUGCUCCAACCACCACCGCCACCACACAGACUUCACGUUUCCAGGACAACGAGCCGAACCAGCCAAACACCAACAGAUACCAACGUCCAAAAUCCAGCAGCCAAAAUCUACCUGCGCCCCAGACGAGUGUUCAGUACAGUUCUCCAAACCCUCCCAUUGAGAAGCCUCCUGACCUAAAGACGUUUAAUGGAACAGUGAGUCGGUUCAUGACGGGUUCUGGGAAGAGGAUGGUGGCAUACUACAAAACAGACGGCAGUUUGGUCCACAUUGCUCCAGAACCUGAAGAGGAGGAGGAACCUCUGUUCCGGGCGAUCCGUGAAGGUAACCCUAGCAAAGUGAAAGCCUUGGCGAUGUGUCCGGGAACCAACUUGAUGCUGCCAAGUAAACCGGGCUGGCUGGCGGUUCAUCAAGCUGCUUGGUUUGGACAGGACUCCUGUCUGCGGAUGCUGCUUUCAGCUCAACCAGGAAUGGUCAACAAGAGGACAUCUUGUGGCGAGACGCCACUGCUGGUCGCCGUUAGCAGAGUGCAGCAGGGAUGCGUUCAAGUGCUGCUAGAAAAUGGAGCUGACCCUGAAAUCCCGAACUAUGAAAAAGAGACACCGCUGUACAGAGCCUGUGAAAGGAGCAAUGGUGCGAUUGUUGCGGCACUGCUGAACCACAAAGUGGGCGUAAACACCCGGUGCAUUCAAGGCUGGACCGCUCUACAGGAAACCGUGGUUCGAGGCAAUCUGGAAAUCUGUGAGAUGCUGCUGAAGGCCGGAGCCAAACUCAACCUCCGCAACAUGUACGGCAUCACCCCGCUUUUCACCGCCGCUCAGAAUGGGCAGCUGGCCACGCUGCGUUUUCUCAUCAAACAUGGUGCAGACGUCAACACUCAGGCUGAUGAUGGAGCCACAGCACUUUAUGAAGCUGCUAAAAUGGGACAUGAAGACGUCGUGCAGCUGCUUCUGUCUCAGAAAGGUGAUCCCAACAAGCCUGGAAAAACGGGAAUGUUGCCGCUUCAUAUAGCUGCGCAGAGAGGAAGUGAUGCCAUCGUCUCGAUGUUGAUCCCAGUCACCAGUAGACCCCGAGUCCGGCGGACUGGGAUCAGCCCACUGCACCUGGCGGCAGAGCGUAACCGUGACGAUGCUUUGGAGAUGCUGAUUGAUGCGGGCUUUGACGUCAAUGCUCAGCUGUCAGAGGAAAGAAUGAGGCUGUACGAGGACCGCCGCAGCACCGCACUCUACUUCUCCGUCAUCAACAACAACAUCGAGGCCGUUCGCAUGCUGCUGACCGCCGGCGCCGACCCAAACCUGGACAUGUUCAAACCGCUGAUGGUAGCUUCAAGGAUGGGCUGCAUUCAGAUAGUCAAGCUGUUGGUGGAGCACGAUGCCGACAUCAAUGCAGCCAUCCCCACCCAUCCCACCACCUUCCCGGCAGUCUACAUGUUCUCCAUGAAGUACCUUCCCCUCUUUAAGUACCUGCUUGACCACGGAGGCCACGCUCUGCCCUGCUUCGACUGCGUGUACGGGAACCGGCCUCAUCCACCUCUAAAAACCGGUCAAUCAAACUGGAAUGAUGACUCGGAUCGAAUUCUGACAGAGGCACCGCUGAGGAGGGGCGUUCAGUUCUGUGAGAUGAUCUCUGUUGCAACCAUCUCUCGGUGGGUGGGGCCGAUCGUUGAUGUCCUGUUGGACUACGUUGGUCAUGUGACUCUCUGCUCCAGACUGAUGGAACACCUGGACAGUUACUCUGGGUGGAGCAACAUCAAGGAGAAAGCAGCUCCACCACGGCCACUGAUGCAGCUCUGCAGGCUGCAGAUUCUGCAGCUUGUUGGACGUAGAAAGCUGAAGAAGCUGCCACUUCCUGGAGGUCUGAUCCGUUUCCUGAAACACCAGGAGUUGUCUGUGGAUGAUGAAAGCUGACUAGCUGGACCAGAAGACUGUUGAUACUGUAACUGCUGAAAUCUAAAAGCUGAGAGGAUGUUUCAGCACCUGGAGCUUCGGGCACAGAAAAACUAUCUGGGAAACUUCCAGGAUGAACUAAAUCAGAAACGGAUAAUAUGAAUCAAAGCAAACACAAACUACACCACCACCGAUGAAAGAAGAGGAGGAUGAAGAAUAAAGGUGUGACUGCAGGUCUCCAUCAGACUCUCACAUGGACUCUGAUUGGUUGGAACAUUUUUACCAAUGAUCUCACUGCUGUGUUUCAACGGGACAUUAAUUAGCUGGUUGUUGUCAUAGAAACUGAACAGAUGAUGUUAUGUUUUGAUGUGUCAUUAAACCGUUUUUACUGCA